AGAAGUGGCUGUGUUUUGUUAUUGGUGUGCCAGUAUAAAAGUGUGAUGAGGAAGUGUGAAGCAAGGGAGAUGUGAUGAGUGUGAACAGGGGCUUAAUCACUUUUGAAUUCUCAGAACAUUGAUUAUUCUCUUUCAACCAAAAUAACCACAUCUGUACUUACACAAGGGAUUUUGGUCAAGAAAACAAGUUAAAGACUAUGGAUCCACAGAAAACAACUGAGGUGGAAAUGGCAGAGCUCACUUCGGCAAAAGAAAAAGAUAAUACAGAUGCAGAGAAAAACAAAGUGGAGGGAACAAAAGAACCUGAGAAUAAGGAAGAAAAGAAGGAAAAAGAAAUAAAGAGUGAAGGUAAUUUGUACAGCACACUGAAUGCUCCAACAGAAGAUGUUGAUAAGGAUUCAAAGACUACUUCCUCUCCCAAAGGAAGUGAAGAAGCUCAGAAAAAAGCUGAAGGAAAAGAAAAGGACAUAAAAGAUGAAAAAACUAAUGUGUACAGCAAACUGAAAACUCCAACAGAAGACGUUUAUAAUGUUUCAAAGCCUUCUUCCUCCUCCAAACGGAAAGAGGAAGAAAAUGUAAAAGAAGAAGAUGAAGAAACUGAUCUGUACUGCAAACUGAACAUACCAUCAGAAAAUGUUUAUAUGUCUGCAGGGACCAAUUCCAGGGACAAGGAAGAUGUUUACAGGAAACUUCAACUGUACAGGAGGAUUUCUGUUUUUUUCCUGGUUCUCACUUUGCUCUUACUGGCUGUGGUUCUUGGUCUGGCUAUGAAGUUAAGUGAAACUAAGUCCAUCCCGAAGUGUCCAGAUCACCCAAGUGACCACAAGAAGCCCAUUUAUCCUGUGAGCCAAGGGUAUCAGUGCUCUGAGUGUAGGAAGGACUGGAUUAGGGUCAACACCUCCUGCUACUUCUUUUCCAAGGAGCGUCAAAACUGGCAUGAGAGCAGGGAGGCGUGUCAGAAACAGGGUGGCGACCUGGUUGUUAUAGACAAUGAAAAUUCGCAGGUAUUUCAAUCUUAUGCUCGGGGCCUACUGUACUGGAUUGGACUGCAUUAUUCAGAAAAUAAGUGGAUGUGGGUUAACAAUACCACACUAACCAAGAGCUACUGGAACCCGAGAUAUCCAAACCCAGUCACCCAGGGCAACUGCGCACUGCUAAAAGGACAUUUGCCUUACAUGACCAACUGGAUUGUAAACCCUUGUUACUUGUCCUCACAUUACAUCUGCCAGAAACGUUUAAAAGUGGAAGGGUGAUCUACUAUAACCAUAAUAUAAAUCUGCUACAUUUGCCUUGAUCAUCUUUGUACUUCUUUACUUUUACAAUUGCAACUUUUACAAUUUCAGUUCCUAAAUGGCAACAAAUACAGAAUUAGUAUAUAAAUUGACAUUGUUUCAUGAUACGUAGUCAAAUAGACAACAGUAAGAAAAUGAGACUUGCUCAGUGUAUUUGUUGAAAAUGACUGUCUCUUUUACUUAAAAAUUGUAAUCAUUUUAUUAUCCUCCUACAAAAUCAAUUUGCAGUUCUUUAAGACCUUACUUGACCUGGAAUGUUUGCUAAAUGUAUUACAAAACUAAAUGUAUACCUACUGUAACUAACUGUCUUUAUAUGUAGCAAAUAUUGUAUUGUUUAAAUGAAUUAAAUGCAAAAUAUAUUUUUGUUUCUCCUAGUAUUCACUCAAUAAAAUACUGAAAUUAUUAAGUUGUACACAAUCAGUAUACUUCCAUGAUCAUGGUAUUUCAUCUCUCAGACUGAUCUCGUCUUUGUGUAAAGCUGCUUUGGGACAAUGGCAAUUGUUAAAAGCGCUAUACAAAUAAAAUUGAAUUGAACUGAA